AAGCGACGUUUCCAACCCCUGCGAAUCGAGGCUCACCUGCCAGGUUGAUCAGGGCGCGGAGAAACUUAAAAAUGUUUGAAAGAGGGGAGGGGGGAAGCUAGUGAGCUGCUAGCUUAAAUAGCCCGAAGCAUUCAAGCGAUCACAUCUGCAUCAUCCGCCACGAACAUUGAAAGUUCAGAACGAGCAAAGAAAAACGAAACACAACAAAUCAGGAAAUUGGCGAGACCUCGUUGGAUAUCGUUAUAGAUCGACGAGGAGCUUGUAGAGGCGACGAGUCUUCCAUUGAUUCAGAAUGACGACGGCCCGUCCAACGACAGCGGAGCAUGGUCCGUAUGGGGAAGCCGAUCCAGACCGACCCCAUCCCCCCAAGGGUGUCGCCGACUGGGGCUGUGAGGAGUUCAAGAAGAAGUGGUACAAGGAUGACGACAUCGAGGUCUUCCGACAAGCCUUGUACGCCCAUGAAACUCAUGAUGCCGAGUUCUCGGGACAGACUGAUCUGUCGGCUCAAGCCGACCGAUCGGGUCCAUCCAAUCGCCACAGCCCAUUGGCAUCGUCUCAACGCGUCCGUCCGCGUCGCCGAAGCUCGACGCCAUGCACCCACAAGCGAACCAGGACAUUCAGGCCUCGCAAGGACGUGGUCCGGGAGGGCUGGGCAUACCACCUCUUCCGCUGCCCGCUCCUGAUGGUCAUCGGUCUUGCGUCCCUCCUCGAGAUUUUGGUAUAUGUCUCAGUCAGACAAAUCGUCACAUUAAUCGAAAUCAUCGUUUCUUGCCGGGGGCAAGAAGGCAGACUAAAGCGCAAGCUCUCGGGUGCCAAGACCUAUGAGGAAUGGGCGCAAACGGCGCUCGAACUCGAUGAGUUACUGGGAUUCGAGCCCUGGAAGAAACACUCAUCCAACGCUUAUUACGACUCCACCUCCGUCCGCAAAGUGAUCAUUAGUCUCGAACGGUCCAGACUCAUCGAUGACGCCGAGGGCGUGAAGGACGUCCUCGAAGUCUGUCUUCGCGCUAACUUCGCCGGCAUCGAAUCCUUAAGACUCUAUUCUCAAACCCAUCUCGGUACUAAGACUUUGAUCGAGAAUUACGUCGAUGAAGUCGAGAAAUCGAUCAUCUACUUGAGAGAGACUCCGCAGAUAUCAGCUCAGGAGAAGACGACUUUCUUUCGACGGACAGCCAAGAAUCUUGGGACCUCUGCAUUAUGCCUAAGCGGUGGCGGGACAUUCGGUUAUUAUCAUCUGGGAGUCAUCAAAGCAUUAGUCCAAGCAAGACUCCUCCCGACCGUCAUCACGGGCGCAUCGGCUGGCUCACUUGUUGCCGCGCUUUUGUGCACGCGUACCGACGAGGAACUCGAGCGGAUCUUAGUCCCUGAGUUGGCCGACAUGAUCACCGGGGCAGAAGAGUCGAUCCAGGUUUGGCUGCCGAGAAUGAUCCAGACCGGCGCGCGAUUUGAUACGGUAAUCUGGGCCAAAAAGUCAUGUUUCUUUACGAUGGGCUCGAUGACUUUCCUAGAGGCCUACGAACGAACGGGACGAAUUUUGAAUGUCUCGGUGAUUCCACACGACCUUCAUUCGCCAACGACGCUUCUGAACUUCAUCACCGCCCCCAACUGUGUGAUUUUCAGCGCGAUUCUGGCCUCGGCCGCCGUCCCAUUGGUGAUGAAUCCGGUCGUGCUUUUGGAGAAGAAGCGGGACGGCAGAGUCCGGCCAUGGCGGUUCCAAGGGAAGCACAAGGAUGGCAGUUUGAGGGUUGAUGUGCCUUUGGAAAGCCUCCACAUCUAUUUCAACACCAGCUUCUCCAUCGUCUCGCAGGUCAAUCCGCACGUCCAUCUGUUCUUCUUUCAGCCGAGGGGUGCACCGGGUCAACCCGUCGUUCAUCGCAGAGGUAAAGGCUGGCGCGGCGGGUUCCUUCUGAGCGCAUUGGAACAAUACAUGAAGAUCGAAUUAGUGAAGAACCUAAGGGUGAUUCGAGAUUUGGAACUCUUGCCGGCUGAGUUCGGGGGGCAGACAUUCACGGCCGUCUUUUUGCAAAAGUUCGAAGGAACGGUGACGAUCUGGCCGCACACACGACUCCAAGACUGGCUCAAGAUCCUGGAAGAUCCGAGUCGGGAGGAGCUUUCAAGGAUGAUCGAAGUGGGCGAACGGGUGACAUGGCCGAAGAUUCGGAUGAUCGAGCAUCGGAUGCGCAUCGAGCGCCAAGUCUUCGAGGGCAGGAAACAGACCAAACAGAGCCAAGAACCCGUCAUCCCUAGCCAACCUCAUUCUCAACAACAACAUCAACAUCAACAACUCUCUCCUUCUGCUGCUGCUGCUGCUUCUGCCCUCACUUCACGAACCGUCAAUGGCCGGUUUCUUGGCCCUACUAGUCUUGGAAUCGCUUCUGAAACUGACCCGGAUAGCUCGACUUGCUGCGAAACAGGCAAUCUUCAUUGACUUUUACUGACUUCUUCCCUUAUCCCCCCCCCCCAUCUUCACCAACACUUCAACUGUCUCAAUCUCAUAAAGAUCUCUCAUUUGUUCAUCUUUGUUUGUUUGUCUUUGGAUUUUGUUUGAAUUUCUCAUGUGGAAAAAAAGAAGAAAAAAAAAUCAAAGGGAGAUGCAUCUUUCUUCCUCUCUUUCUCUUUUAUUUGUUUCUUUCAACUCAAGAAAAGUGGAGCGGUGUGAUACUUUUUUGCUUUUGUUUGUAUCCCUAAUAAGAUGUAUAUAAUUUCGCCCGAUAUUGUAUGAAUUUUACUGCUAAAGUUUCU